GGUCCCGAAUGUUGCGCAUGCGCAGUUCGCAAAAGGCCUCGAAAACUCGGCUGCAGGUUAGAAAUUUGAAGGAAUUUGUCUACGGGAAUCUUAAACACAACACGCCAGUUUUGCUGUCUCUGUCCAGAUAUUUAAGAAGUGGAGCAAGGGAUUCACUUGAACAUCCUUCCCGCUCAGACAGUAGGGAGGGAUUCACUCAAUUAUCUGACCAACAGGCACGUCCUUGCUGCUCAGACUGUGGGCAGGGAUUCACUCUGUCAUCUGACCGACUGGCAUGCAUGCCAUUUUACACAGGGGAGAGGCCGUUCUCCUGCUCAGACAGUAGGAAGGGAUUCACUCGGUCAUCUCAACUGAAGGUACAUCAGCAAGUUCACACUGGGGCAAGGCCAUUCACCUGUUCUGUGGGUGAGAAGGGAUUCAGUUGGUCUUCCCACCUGUGGACACACCAGUCAGUUCACACUGGGCACAGGCUGGUCAUCUGCUGAAUUUGUAGGGAAGGAUCAUCU